AUGGAGGAAUAUUGCAGUAAGGCAAGAAAGCUAGCCGAGAGCUUUCACAAGGUGGCACUUAGGCAAAUCCCGAGGGAGGAGAAUGAAAAGGCGGACUUCCUAGCAAGGGUAGGAAGUAUGUCCGCGGACUGCUCUUCAAGACAGAUAACGAUCCUCGAAGGGCAGCCAAGAGAGCAGUUGGAGGUAGCGACAACAAGCCUAGCACCGGACUGGCGUCAGAAUAUCAUAAGAUAUCUGAAAGGAGAAAUGCUGCCCUGUCGGAAGGAACAGAGUAAGUUGGAGAUGAAAGCGAGAAAUUUUUGUUUGGAUAAGGGGACAUUAUACAAGCGGGGGGUUCACUAG